UUUUUUUUUUGUCUAAAACAUAUAUAAGAAAGAAGGCAUUUUUACAAUAUGUUUCUCUCUCUUUUCCUUAUUCUUUUUAAUUGACAUCAAAUGUUCAAAUACUAUCUAAUUUACGCGCUUGUUUUUUCAAUCUUUAUCCUUACUUCUGAAGCGGGAAGCUACCAUCGCCAGACUCCAAAGAAACGAUCCCCACUUUUGAAGAGAGAAGACUGUGAUAUCUCUUGUAAUGGUGAACUUGCUAAUUGUGCAGACCGAUGUUAUAGUUCUAGGAUAGGCAGAGAAAAAGGCAGAGAUGCUAUAAAGGUUGUAUGUCAGUCUAGCAUGUGCUAUUGUGGAUUUGAAGCUGGUGAUGAUCGAUAAGUUUGUUAAGUUAUUCCUUUUUUUUUUUCUAUUGCUUGUACCUUUCCUUUUUUAAAAAUAAAGAUCCUAUUUUUUACAUCUCCUUUUUACUAUAUCGAAU